AUGCCAAAUAUGACCAACGAUGAAAUAGUAAAAGGAGCUGCACGAAUAAUCAAACAGCAAGGACUAGCAUUGCUUGAUUGCGCCGAGAGACUACAACGAGGCGGCGAGAAUGCCGAUUCAUAUCGUAAAGCCAUUUACCAUCUUUUUCGUGCGUGUGAUCAAGGAGGAAAAAUAAUAGUGACAGGAGUCGGUAAAUCCGGAAAAGUUGGCGAAAAACUAGUCGCCACAUUACAAUCGACCGGCAGUUGUGCUGUAUUUCUACAUCCGACCGAGGCAUUACAUGGCGAUUUAGGAAUAGUGCAACCUGACGAUGCAGUGAUCGCAAUUAGCUAUUCGGGUAACACGGACGAACUGAUAAGGAUUCUGCCGUCAUUACGAUCACGCGGCGUAACCAUUAUUGGGUUAUGCGGAAAUAAACAUUCGCAGCUGGUCAAAGAAUCAGAUGCGUGGUUGGACGGGUAUAUAAAGAACGAGAGUUGUGCAUAUAUUCCCGCCCCGACAACUUCCACUACUCUUGCGAUGGCUGUUGGUGAUUCGGUCGCUGUAACAUUAAUGCAGUUACGAGGAUUCACACCACAACAUUUUGCUCUAAAUCAUCCUGGAGGCGCAUUAGGACGGAAACUAUUAUUAAAAGUUAAGGAUGUGAUGUAUAACGUGGCUGAUGUACCAACAGUCACAACAUCGACACCAAUGGACCAAGUGCUAAGCGAAUCGACACGAUUCAAAUGUGGCACGGUGUUAGUGUUGGAUGACGAUGAGGAUGUAGAAAGCACAAAUUCCGGAAUAAUUGAUGAUAACAAUAGCAACAGAAAAGUAAUUGGAAUAGUUACGAAAGAAGUGAUUCGAAGUGCAUUACAGCAGUUCCGAGCACAGUUGUUUCAACUCGUAGCUGCCGACUUGAUGACCACUGAUAUUGUCACAUGUUUACCUGAUGAUAUGGCUUGUGAAACGAAGAGGCUGAUAGAAGAACGUAAUGGUGACGAAGAGAGUUUGGGCGCGUUACCAGUUAUCGAUAAGACAAAUAGGUUGAAAGGAGUUGUGUUGUUGGAGGAUUUGGCUUAA